AUGCCGCGUUACUGGAGAAAUACAUCUUGGUUAGCUGAAAGCACUUCAUAUCGCCGAGGCCGGUCACGCACCCCCACAGCUGUGGCCAGGGCAGAUGUUCUGGAAGAACGGCCAGCGGUCGAACGAGUGUGGAUGCAGCCUGAUGAAAGUCACGCGCAACCAAUGAUGAAGACGACAACAACGCAGAGCUUUUCAAUUCCCGGCACCGAAGUCCCAUUGCCACUGAGGUGGCGAGCAACAUCGAUUCUAGAUCAGUGA